AUGAGACCCAGCUUUGUACUCUGCUUGCGCAAGAGAGUUGUCGACUCAUUGCCUUCUGUGACACUCGUAUCAGAAGUUAAAACAUUAGCUGGACUCUCACAAGAAGACUACAAGAAGCUACCCGGUAUGAUCACGAGGAUUUGUAACGGCAUGUCCUACGCGGAGUACAGGCACCAGAGUAUUGAUUUCCAAGAGAGCGUGGUUGAUCAAAUCAAUGCAGAAUUGAAAGAUGCCGGUGUCGGGACAAUAAGUCAUGAAAUAGGUCGCUGGCUGGUCCUUCGCAAUGCUAGAAGUCGUCAUGAAUAUGUGAAGGAGAAAAAGCUUUCCGAUGACUGGAUGAAUAAAUUCACGGGUGAGCAUAGUCUGGACGCAAAGACUGGAUGGGGACUUCUCUUGGUAGUUAUUUACCAAGUGCUUGAGGACUACAUCGAGAAGAAUCAAAUCGAUGGCUACCAUCUGUAUUUUAGCGAUAUCCCGGAGCAAGAACGCAAGGAUUUAGCGGACCAAAUAAGGACCCCCGCUCUCAUUGGACAAACAUUGUCAUUUACCUACCUCACGUACCCGUUGUGCCCCUACAUUCGUGCGAGACAUUCGCUAAUUUUGACUCCUCCUCGCCCAGAGGAUCUCAUGCGCGUCUCGAAACUUCCAGAUAUUGACCAUGAGCUUCUCAUGAUUAAAAUUAGAGGGAGAACAAUGACUCGGAGGUCGCAUUUGCGAAAGGUGCGGAAGAGAGAACUUGCCGCGCAGGCCGACUCGGAAACAACACCAUCUGAGGGCCAGGGCAAGAAGGGCAAAAGCUCCAAACCAUCGAAAACAAAAGCAGCAUCAUCUCGAAAGUCAUCAACAUCUUCAGGGUCGGAUGACACGUUGGAGCGUGCCGACGGUGAAUAA